AUGGAUUCAAAUGGAUACGAUGCCACGGGACUCUCAUCCUCUAUUUUGGCAGCAGGCUUGCUCAUCCCCACAAUCGUUGGAGUAUACUUCCUGAGGAGCAAACACACAGCUAGAAAGCCCUGCAAGUGCACGUACUGCACUCGUUUCAAGAAAACUGCGAAAAUAGACAAGUACAGAGUCCUAUUCUUCGUUCUUUUGGCGCUUUUAGUGCUUCCCGUCUACAAUAUACUCUCCCAGGAGUACAACCGAAGCACAACCAAAGACCCGUAUAAGACCCUCGGAGUAUCAAACUCAGUCGACGAUAAGGGCGUGGAAAAAGCCUACAGAAAAGCCGUCAGAAAAACAAAACUCUCCCGCAUGGAGAAAGCAGAAGAGAAAAAAACAAUACAGGAAAUUCUAAAGGCAAAAGACCUCCUCCUGGACAGAGAGGCAAGAGACAGGUGGGACUCAUUUGGAGAUGCUCCCACCACGAAGAGUCACAUAAUUGCAAUUCCCUCCUGGCUCAUGACAAAGUACAACCCCGUGAUACUCAUAUUCCUGUACGUCCUCAUCCUCGGAGUCCUCCUUCCGAAGGGAGUCUCCUACAUAUGGAUGUACUCCUUCGAAUACUCCUCGAGUGGAAUCCUGUACAGAAGCACAGAAUCCCUCUAUAAAGCACUGAAGAAGGCAGAAGUCGCAGAUAUUAUCGGACUCCUCGUCCUCCUCAACAGAAGCACAGCAGAACUCUCCGAAUACGCCCCAAAGACUCCCCCAGAAGCCGUGGAGAAACUUCGAGAGAUCAUCCGGCGGAAGUACCCGCUGAAAAUCCCGAUGAAAACGGAGACAUUCGCCCUCUCCCUCGGACUCCUUCUCCUGCGAGAUGCGGAAGUUCUUCCUCUCAUCAGCCCGCAGGAUAUAGAGUAUCUCCAGGCCUGGAUAGUCCUUUCCACGCACGCAGUAAAGGCUCUUUCCACGGGAGUCAAGAAUAGAGAUCUAUACUACACGGCAGGAGACCUGGAGAAGUGCAUUAUUCAGGCAGUUCCCACUCCGAAGUACUACCAGAUGCAGGGAGGAAGGUCUUUUGAAGAGGUUUUUCUCUCGGACUUUGAGGGGAGUCCCGUGGAGGAGAGGACGCCCGUGGAUGAAGAAAUGUUUCGGGUGGAGAUAUCAGGAAUGGAGAUGUACAAUGCAGAGGAUGGAAGCAUAAAAGAUAACGGAUUUAUAACAGGGACAAUGGAUACGGUCGUGAGAGUCUUCGUGGAGAGGGAGGGAGAGAGCGUGUAUACGCCCGCAGUGAUCCCGAGAGCCUCAGAGAAGGCGUGCGAUACGGGGGAUUUGGAGGAGCUGGAGGCAGGAGGAGAGGAACUAUUUCCGUCUGCCCUCGAGAAGUAUCCGAUUCUCGUGCGGAGUGCAGGGGAGGAGAGUGUCCAUGCGCCGAUGUUCUUUGAGGAGAGGGCGUACACGUGGAAGUGCGUCCUGGAGUUGAACGAGGAGAUUCUCAUGGAGUCGUACGCGUUUACUCCAGGGCGAGGAGGGAGUGAGAUCUUCUUCAAAGUCCCCCCGAUGAAGAAUCUCAUCGUCUCUCGGAGGGCGGAGGUUCAGGCUCGGCUCGUGUGCACGAACUACUUCAACCGGGACAGGAGCAGGAGAAUGUCCGCAAUGAUUAAAUAA